UACGAAAAUUUCCUCCAGAAAAGCUUGGGUGAACUAAAAGAUUACCUAAGUUUAAGGGGGUUAAGUGUAACUGGUAAAAAAAGAGAGCCUGUCGCCAGAGCCUUUUCUGCUUGUGAACGUAAUGUUCGGGUUGUGGUAUCCGACGAGGAGUUGAGGUCGAGACUCACAGUCGAGUACCAACAACGAAUUAAGAGUCUUCCUAGAGACCCCAGGCAUAUUGAAGAGGAUGAAUGGAGAAACGAUAUGACAACAUGGCCAGCUUUAGACCUUGGGAAAGUGUUCUCUUUUAUUUUGUCAAAGAAAGAAUUCGACUCGGAUUAUGUAGGGAAGUACAAGCUUUGUAAAGCUUAUUCCUACUUUGUCAGUGGAUUCGUGGGUACGGUGUAUUCACACACAUUUGUUUCUACCGGAGAGUGCAUUUUAAAGUGCAAAGUUACACCAUCCCAACGAGUCAGAGAUGAGCCACGGGAGGUGUGGGUAGCCAUUGAUACAAAUCAGGGGGGUGUCCUGUCUGCAUGGUGUAGCUGUACAGCAGGCUACUCCCAAAGUUGCAAUCAUGUUAUGGCACUUUUGUACAAAGUGGAGCAUGCAGUUUCUAUGGGCUUCACUAAUCCUUCAUGUACAUCUGUACCAUGCAGAUGGAAUGAUCGCACCUUUAGAGAAGUUGAGCCUAAGAAAAUCAGAGACUUAAAAAUAAGAACUGAUUCACACAACAACACAAACCAAGAAAGGAGGGAAAUCAACUCAGAUUUAAAGAAAACUUUUGAUCCUCGCAGAGAGUGUGAAGAGCUGCCACUGAAGAAAACAAAAAUAGAUUUCUUGCAAAAUGGAAAAAAAUUACUGAUAAGUCAGUGAUUUUUAAGGCUGUCGAAGUGGAAGAAGAAAGUCAUGAUGCACAAGACUUACCUUUUCCACUGAACCAAGUUGCAGAGAAAUUUGCCUCAGAACAUAAGGGGGAAGGGGAAGUAACCAUUGUGGCAGGGUUUCUUGAGUCACUUCACUUGAGCCAGAAUCAGUGUGAUUCAAUUGAAAAGGCCACUAGGGCUCAAAGCCAAUGUACAGAAUGGGUGGAGCAGAGGAAAGGAAGGAUAACUGCCUCAAAAUUUCAUGAGGUUCAUACCAAAGUGAAAACAGUUUUAGCUGGACGCAAAAAGGUGGUCAAGACCAAACCCCUUAUUGCCAGGAUUGUUCAUCAUCAGUCCCUAAAUAAUGUUCCAGCUGUGCAAUGGGGGCGAGUACAUGAGAAGGAGGCAUUAGAUGCUUUUUUAACAACAGAGGGACCUAAGCAUACCAACAUGCAGAUUUUUGAGGCUGGCUUAUUUGUAAAAAGGGAUCUCCCUUACAUUGGGGCAAGUCCUGAUGCUAUUGGCACCUGUGAUUGCUGUGGAACAUUUGUUGUUGAAUGCAAAUGUCCAUACAGCAUUAAAGGUGAAAGGGUUCUUGAUGCCUGGAAUCGAACUGAGUUUUUACAGAUGGAUAGUGGUAAAGUAUGUCUGAACAAAGGACAUAAGUACUACACCCAAUUACAAGGGGAAAUUGUCCUAUCAAAUUGCUUUAAGGGGUAUUUUGUUGUGUGGACACAAGUAGGUGACCCUUUAGUGGAAGAAGUUCAGCGAGAUGAGGUUUUUUAUCAAACAGUUGAGCAGAAU